AUGCCCGAUUCGCGGUCACACUCCGAGGCUGAAGUUCGGUCAUGGGGAUUCUCCAACGUCUUUACCUGGACUGAUCAACCCCCGCAUUCGCACGAUGGCCUGACUACCCAUCUCAUCCUCCAGGGCCGGCUGACCAUCACCUACCCUGGGGAUGAGGCCCCGGAGAGGGUUACCCACGGUGUGGGGGAGAGGGUCGACGUGGAUGCUGGCCGAGUUCAUGAGCAGAAGGACGAUAUGCCGGAUAUGAAGGUGGUAUAA